GAAGCUAGCAGCAGAGGCCGACUACACGGACGUGUCUCUGACGGCGGCGGAGCGUGUGCGGGCGCUGGGGAAGAUGGGCUACAGCGUGGAGAUCAACGAGGACAUCGAGCCGAGACGUUACUUCCGCUCCGGCGUGGAGAUGGAGCGGAUGGCGGCGGUUUACCUGGAGGAGGGCAGUCUGGAGAACGCCUACGUCCUCUACACCAAGUUCAUCACGCUGUUUGUGGAGAAGCUGCCCGGUCACAGAGACUACCAGCAGUGCAGCGUCCCCGAGAAGCAGCUCAUCAUGAAGAAACUUCAGGAAGUCGCGUUUCCUCGUAAAGACGAGUUGAAGAAACGUCUUCAGGAAAAAUACAGCAGGGAACACAGCGAGUACCUCAGAGCCCAGAGCCAGCCCGUGGUGGUGGAUGGGUGUGACCAGCAGCUGCAGCGACUCUCCCUAUUGGACGAUGACAGGAGGCGUUUCCUGAUGUUGGAGGAGGAGAAACAGCGAGUCGCCGCUCUGCGACGGAUGCAGAUAGAAUCCGAACAGUUCAGAUACUUUGAGGACCAGCUGAGGCGGCAGGAACUGGCCAAUAGGAGAGAAGAGGAGGCAGAGCCAAAGGCGGACAACAAAGUGCCUGAGGUGACAGACGGCUCCUGUCUGUCCAAGAAGCCAAUCAGAAACAACGUUCGGACUCAAGGGGCGGAUCCUAACAGGAACAGGCCACAAGCUCCCAUCAGCCAACCAGCCGCCACGCUGGCUGGAGUACACACUCAGAGAGUGGAGGGUCUGAGGCGGGUGGUAAUUCCCAGAGAUCUGACAUAUCGUUUCCUCCUGCUCGCCGACUCGAACACAACUCGAGGAAUCGAGACUUGUGGAGUCCUCUGUGGACGACUGACGCACAACGAGUUCAUGUUGACCCACGUCGUCAUCCCCAAACAGUCGGCUGGUCCUGAUUUCUGCGACAUGGAGAACGUGGAGGAACUGUUCAGUUUCCAGGACCAACAGAACCUGCUGACACUCGGCUGGAUUCAUACUCAUCCCACUCAGACGGCCUUCCUCUCCAGUGUCGACCUCCACACACACUGUUCAUAUCAGCUGAUGCUGCCGGAGGCCAUCGCCAUCGUCUGCGCACCCAAACACAACGAUACUGGUGUGUUCAAGCUAACGGGUUCGGGGAUGUCGGAGGUUUCUGGCUGCAGACUGAAAGGUUUCCAUCCUCACUCCAAGGAGCCAGCUCUCUUUACUGUGUGCAAACAUGUGGUGGUGAAAGAAUCAAAAAUCAGCUUGUUGGACCUCAGGUGACAGACAGGGGUCGCUGUCUGUCCGUUUACUGAAAAGCUGUUUGUCCUUUGAAACUGUGAAUGUGUGUGUGUGUGUGAGUGUGUGUGCAUGUGUGUGUGAGCAGAUGAGGGAAAUUAAACUUUUUUGAAGGAAACGUUUUAACACAUUCAGCGUUCAGGUUUCUGGGCCUUUUUGUGAGAUUUGUUCUACAAAAUGUAUUUGUGCUUUUGUAAUCAGCUCCUGGUUGUACUUUGAUAUAAAUUUAUAUUUUUGCUGUUUUAUUUUGCUGCAUCAGAAUUCUCCUGCGGUGUAAGAUGUGACGUGUUGUAAUGAAGAACAAAUACAAAGUUUUUUGUGAAA